UUCCUCCCCGGGCCAUUUCCCCGACCACCGAUACGAUGCCCUUCUCGCCGCCACGCGACACGAGGGAGAAAGAUAUCCGAUGGCAAGCCUCUGCCAAGGUCGGAUGUCGCGACAGCAGACCUCUGUGGACAGACUACUGGCAGCGGUUCAACACCAUCACCAUUCCGCUGCUUGAUGAGGAUGCCUUUUUUUCCGACGCCCUCGCCGCCGAGAAAGUGGCCCAGGAUCGCAGACAUCUCGAAGAACUCCUUGAGAAGAAAUCCAAGGAGCGCCGCGCCGAGCUUGAGACAGUCGUCGACAAGAUCCUGUACACGGCGAUGUUUGACAAGAACCCCUUCUCACCAGAGGCUGCCUGGGACGCUGUGGACAAAGUCGGGCGGUCCGGGAGUCUGGAUAGCUUUAUCCAGUUGGCCAGUGGCAUCAUCUGGGGCUGGGGGGAGAGACAGCUAGGCGAGCGCAGACCACGGCGUGAGCGCUCGCCCUCGCCUUGCACUUUCACCGAAACGCAGGAGAUGCCCCACAUGUACUCGCCCUAUCCUAUAGUCUCCGACAACUGGGAUCUCUUACAUCAUGAUAUGGGCCCUUCGGUCACUGAGUUACCGGCCUCGCCAGAACAGCGGCAGCUACCACCACCAACUUUAGCACCCUGUGGCACGGCGGCACGAGUGGAGGAUAUCGAGACCACGGAUGGCGUUGGAUAUAGCGCCCUGGAGUGGUCGCGCAAACCACCGAAGGCAUCAUCAGAGAUGGAACCAGCCGUUAGAGCACCUCGGGAGAGUCCUACAAUGUCACAGUCCGUCACCGUCAACAGUUCUCCAACAGACCCUGCUUUGCCACCAUCCCCUAGCGACGCUCGCCCCUCACUCACAGCGUCCCAAACUACGCCCACAACGCCUCCAGAUCCUCCCAGCGAUGGGGAAGUCGACAUGCCACAGCCGCUACUUUUCACGCAGCCCUCGAGCCCUCAACGGGAAGGGGGCCAAGAACCAGGUGCCGAUGCUUGUCGGGCUAGCCUGGGUGGAAAGUCCAAGCCAAGGGGCAAGAGGCGGUUUCACGAGCUGGAAGGCUCGGAUCUCGAAAAUGCAGCGUAUGUUAAACGGGCGGGGCGAGAACUUGGGUAAAGAGUCGUCCCAAGAGUGGUCU